AGCCUCAGGCACGUACAGAGCUUGAGGGGACUCGGUGUCGAUCGCAAAAUCCAGCGACGACAAAAAAAUUUUUCGUUUUAUUACCCUCCCUAUUUUCCGUCAUUGUGUUGUGUUUCCUGACGCAAAAAGACUCUUCGAAGGCUCGUUGAGUCGUCCAUUUCGAGUGUUAUCCUUGCUCAAUUGACGCGUGGACACAUUUGUCUGUGACUUGUGUUUUUAUUAUAUUUGUGGUGUGCGAGGAGUAAAAAGGAAAACGCGCGGAUGGCGAGCGUUCGUAACGGGGCCGCAGAGGGGUAGUGGAUAAUCGAGGAAACACCAAAAAGACAAAAAACGAACGUCUCUCAUCUUUCUGCGGGGUGUUACAACAUGGUUGUUUUCAUAAUGACGAAUGACAAGUUUGAGGUGUAUUCGGGAUCGUUUAUCAGAUGAGGCUGUGUCGUGAGCGACGAAACUCAUUUGUGAAUUAUAGUGUGACAAAAGGGAAUCGUGAGGAUCGAGGGGAACAUUCAUAAUGCCCGGAAAAUCGUUUAGACGAAGGGGACACGAGGACCUGAGAACGAAAAAGUCAACGGCGAAUCUUGACUGAAACGAAGAGGAAGGAACAAGGUAAACCCGAGAGUAAACGAUAGUCCGGGUGAAAAUAAUAGGGACAGCAGAAAAGAUCGAAAGGGAGAAGAAAGAAGAGAAGAAUGUCGGGGAGAAGAGGCAGCGUCGACCGAUUGCUCUCAGAUUCGAUGCCAAUUCGUCGAAGCGCGAAACGCGAGAUUCGGUAAAUUUGGAAAGGGAACGAAAGGAAUAAUAAAAAGAGAGAGAGAAAAAACGGUUGGCUAAGCCGGUACAAAUGAGCGGGGACCACGAAAGGAGGCAACGAGAAUGAGGCUCCAAGUAUUUAAAUAAAAUGCGAAAUAAGUAACGAUAACGAGAGCUCCCGGUGAGCCAAAUAAAAAUAAUUUCGAAAAGCCGUUAAGCAACGUAAAGUGUUGAACUUUGAAAACGUGAUAUACGAAAAUUCAUAUCGACGAUUUUGCUCGUAGGCAAAGAUAGAAGAAAAAUUAUUCGUAGCGGAUGAAUACUCGAUUGAAAUAGAGAGAAGAAAAUUAAUCGCCAGAUAAAUACGAGCUCGAGCGAGAGACAUUCGCGUUGAAUCACGGGGGUGGUACGAAUUACGGUUCAAAGUGAAGUGCCCGGGACUCGCUGAGAUGGCCUUCAUGAUGAAGAAGAAGAAGUACAAAUUCUCGGUGGAGAUCGGCCUCGAGGAGCUAACCGCAGUGCCUUUCGUCAGUGCCGUCUUGUUCGCCAAACUUCGACUCCUGGAUGGCGGUUUCAUCGAUCAUUCCACCAGGGAAGAAGUCCAGGAACACACGGUAAGCUGGAACGCAAAAUUUGAGUUUCCGUGUAAAAUGAGCGCCAACGCGUCUACCGGUGUCCUGGAUCCUUGCAUUCUCAGGAUAUCCGUCAGAAAAGAAUUGAAGGGAGGCAGGUCCUUCCAGAAGUUGGGUUUCACGGAUCUUAACUUGGCCGAGUUCGCUGGUGCCGGGCUGUGCAGAACUAGGUGUUUGCUCGAGGGCUAUGACGCGCGACAUCGCCAAGAUAAUUCGAUGCUCGGGGUUGCCAUUAAGAUGAACAUGCUCUCGGGUGACAUUCUGUUUAAAGUGCCAACACCGUCGGCGAAACCGAACCAAUUGACAGUGCCCGGUGGGCCCGGCCUACCUGGUGUUACGACGGAUGAAGUAAUAGGCCCCGAGAGAGGAGUCAAUCGUGACGAUUACGUAUCUAGCGGUUCUCUCGCCGGAAGUAUAGCUAGCGCGAGUAGCGGUUUCGGCAGUCUUCCCAAGAAAAGGCCAGCCUUGUUCUCUUCCGAACUUUUGAGCGGCACGGAGUCCUGCGAUCCAAUGACACUGAGCGAAAUAAUGCCAUCGGCGAUUCCGGUCGAGUGCCUCACCGAGGCCCACACAGAAUCGGGACACUCGAGAAAUAGUAGUAACACGAGUCAACUGAGCAAAGGCUCCGGCUACGGUUCCUUAAAUUCGCACAGCCAGCACAGCAGACAAAGCAGUAGCGGAGACAGCGGUCACAUAAGGUCACCCUCCUGGCCGGUAUGGGCUCCACGUCUCCCGACCCUCUCCCAAAAUCAAUGUUACGCAGGGAAGGCUUGCGAGGCCACCGGUCUCGAGUCUUCGACCUCGAUAAUGACCUCAACCCCACCACCCGCGUCAUCGGGAUUCAUAACCAUCCAAAUAGACCCUCGUAAUCGGUUCUGGCCUGUAUCUUCGUCACCGUUGUCUUCGAGACGAGGUGGAGCGGGAACAGAAGAGCCGACAAAUUCGAGGACGAAAAUUUCAAAUGCAUGCUCACGAGGAAUCCGCGGUUCGAAUCUUUCCUCGUUGACGCGCGAUCACGAUAAUCGUCGAGGACGAAGUAUCGACGAGGAGGAGAUUUCGUCCAAUGGGAUGCGAAAAAUUUCAAAAAAUAAUAAUAACGUCGUUUGCGAGAAGCAAUUGUCGCACGAUGCAAAUUUUCGAAUUCCCGGACCGAAAGAUGUGCCAAGACACUCUCGACGAAAUUUUCAUAACAACGGCUUGGACGACAAGUCUCUUGAUACGUUUUCAACGUCCCUCAAAAAUGGUAAAAAUAUUGUAAAUGCCAUGAAACCGAGAAUCGGACAACCCGGAUGGCGAAACAUGUCGAAAACAUGCGACUGCAUUGAAAAAGGAAAAACGAGCCCGGUAUUACGUUUGGCACAACAGGCCAGAGCCGUUUCCUCUCCCGAUCCCCUACACAGGCCCGAUAAUCCCCGAGCCUCUCUUCUCUCCGCGACGCCGCCUCACACCCUCAGGGGUAUCGUCGGCGGUCAUAGGAAGUUGCUGGAUGGUGCGGGGGGGAAAUUGGCGACGGUUGCCACCAGUCCGGACUCCGAGGAGUCCUCGUUAAACGUGCCGGAAGUCGUUGCAGUGCCCGCUGCAAUCGCGCAACAGCAUCGAAACAGCAUUACCCCACCGUCGUCAGUUCAUACUUCCGUUUUCUCGAAUCCGUCGGGUGGCUCGGGACUGAGCGAGACCGGCUCAUUGGACAGAGCAAAAGCUGCUCUUGAGCGUCGGAAAAAAGCUGAGGAUGGGAGCGGAAAUCCAAUAAUGUGCAGAGUGGAAGUAACCAGACCCAACCCGGACUCGUUGAUCGACGAAUUGUUAAAGGCAACGAAUCUCGAACCGUCUGAUCUCGAAAGCGCCGAAACGUCCGGGCUGCAACUAUUUAUCGGUAAAGACGGAUCGACGGCGCUUGGUAGUCACGAGGUAAAGAGUCAAAUGCCGGCGGGUGUGUUCAAACAAGUAGUGAUGGAGGAGAACAACAGGUAACAGGAUGUUACGACUUCGCGUCGUCAGUACACAAGACAAGCUACGGCCACGUUUUCGUUGGCCCUCGUUCCGGAGCUCGUUUACGAAGCAUACGAGCCACGGUAGUGAAUCUGAAGAAUAAGAAAAAUAUUAUAAACGAAAAAUCAUCACCAUUUACAACAAGCAACACCAAUAAUCGUCGAUUCUUCGUAAAUGAUGCAUUGCGAAGGAUAACACGGAAAAUAAUCCGGAGAGAAUUCCAAGAGUUAUCUGUGGAAGGCACACGUUAAAACGAAGGGCGAAUCGUUGACGAUUCGAGGAUCGAUGUAACUUGUAUGAUCGAUCGAAAAAAACAGAUCAAAGAGUUCGAAACUGAAAAAUCAAGUAUUUCAGGGAACCCAAACCCUUGGGAUUAAAAACUCAAUUCAAUUGCGGAGCUUCGAGGAAAACUCAAAGAAACGUGCUUAGAACAAUAAUAUGAGAGAAAAGUACCGAAAAUAAAAGAAAGAGAAACUCAAAAAAUGAAUAGUAUAAGAAAAGAAUAAAGUAAUAUUUUCUUCCGUUGUAAACUGAGGCACAAUCGUUCCGUCGUCAUGACGGCACUUGUCCGUCACGUCGCUCGAGCGUUAGUUAAUAAAUUAUAAUAGACCGAGAGAUUCACUGAGCCGCGAACGUUCGCAAGUUCAAUUAGUUAACGAGAAUGAGCGAAAGAUAAAAGAAGAGAGCGAGAGCGUGAGAGAGAAAUUAUCGUGUGAAAGAGAGAGAGAGAGAGAGAGAGAGAGAGAGAGAGAAAGAGAUUCGUGCUUCGUAAUAAAAAAAAAUAAAUAAAUAAAAAAAAACAACGUCGAUGAAAAACAACAGCAAAAAAUCGUUUCGUCCUCGAUUUCGCGAGAUUACCCCAAACUCGUGAAUGUUAACUAAUAUUAAAAUUAGCCGCGUUUGCACCACUACUAUGAAAUCAAAUGGAACCUCAUGUCCAUCACACAUGAUUUUUUCAUUUUCAAUCUAUCGUACUAUUUUAUUUAGUUAUUUUUUGGUCCCCUCGUCGCCACAUGAGAAUUGAAUUCCAAGUAUUAAUCCGUUGCCGUUUGAAGUUAAUCAUUUCUGUCAGAAAUUAAAAGUGACGUCUUCGUCCCUGAUUCUGGUGCAACCGGCCCCGUACGAGUUAGCAAUUUGUAUAUAUAAACGUAGUGAUUGUUAUGUAGCUAAGUGGCCGAUGUUACGUACAUACCGUUCUCUCCGUAUUUCAAAACACAUUAAUAAUGAUACGAAAAUUCAAAAAAAUAUGAAAAAUCAAGAAACAACAACUAAUUCUAAUUGCUAGAUGCGCAAUUGCAAAUAUAUUCCCAUUCACGCACAUCCUCCGUGCAUUGGUGAUGAUAACGGAGAUGAUUCAUUUCCGAAAAUUUACGCCUGUUGUUAAUUUUCAAAAAGAGACGACCGUUUUCAAUCUUAUUUUGCAAUGCCUUCUUCAAAGUUAUUUAUUUUACAACAUUGUUCUCACUUUGAACUGGAUAUCACGGUACGAAAACUGCUGUAAAUAAAAUAAACAAUUAACAAAAGAAAAGUGAGCGAUAUUAGAUUCCGGGAAAGUUGUCAAAACGAUUGGCCCAAUUUUUUGUAAAAUUAACGGCGCGCAAUAUAAACAUGAUAACAGUUUUUUCUUUUGAAUGAACAACAGGCGUCGAUAACCAAGUAAUAGAGAAUACGAGAAAUGAAAUUUCUAUGAGGUCCUCGAAUUGCGCUUAUCGUAAGUACGAAACCUUUUUUUACAAUGCUCUCAUUUUGUCUGUUUUUGAAGAAUUUUUUUUUUUUUUAAAUUAGUACGAGAAUAAAUAACCGAAAUACGUUGCUGCGUGCCACAUGUAAUAAUUUUCGGUUGCCAUAUGAAUAUUGUUUAAAGUACCAGGAAUUCAUUGAUAAUCGCAAUUUAAAAUGGGAAUAUUGAGAUUACGGAAUUGAUAACGAAACGGAAUUUGAAAAAAAUAAUCAAUAUCUUUUUUAAAUUUCCAAAACUUUGAAAACUUCAUCUUCCCGCUUGAACCUCUUUUAUCUCGUUCCUGUAACGGUCUCUAAGACCUUACUUUUUUUCAAUUUUUUUACCCUUCUAUUUAAUCGACUCACCGUGAAAAGUAUUGACGACGUUCGAACGAUAUUUUGUGCGACAUGUUUUCGACUUUAAUUUCCUCCUCCUUCGAGAAGAAGAACCUGCAAUUUUCUUUUCCCCUUUUUUUGCUCCCAAGUAUAGCGAGAAUAUAUAUAUGAUAAUUGUAUUUAUUGUCGAGCCGCCAUCUCUGCCUAAUGGACCGAACUAUGGAAACGACUCCUCCUUAGCAUUAUUCGAGACGCUAGACGCGACACAACAGAAAUACAAAUAUUUCCUGUUCACUUUACUUUACAAUUAUUUAUUUCAUAUUUAGAAAGAAAACAUGCGUGGUGUCGAUCGUGCACGUAUCUAAGUCGCAACGGAGAUCAUAUCGGGUUAUUCUUCGGGAAAUCGAGGCUCAAAAGUGAGCUCACCACGGUUUCCAAGUUUCUCGACGCUUCCCUCACCCUCCUUUCCGUUAAUCAUCGGAAAUAAAAUAAUGCAUAAAUGAUUAUUUAAAGUGAUGCGAAAACACACAGUCUUUUGUUAAUUGAGCUUGCGAAACAGAUAUUAAUGUUGUGAUAUUUACAAUAUUGUAAUAAUAUUACUGUAUUAUCUUGUAUUAUAUUACUAUUAUUAUAUCUAUUUUUCUUUGGUUCACUCUGCUGGAUGAACUUUUCUUCGAGAAAACCACAAACUUUUCCGAUUUAUAUUAUUUACCGUUGUCUAUACUUCGUCUAAUCCGAACGAGAAAAAACGGAAGAAGAAUAAGAAGAUGCUAAUAAAAAAAUAUGAGAAAAAGCAAAAAAAUCGAUGAAAUAUGUGAAAGAUCAAUGCUAACUUCCAUGUGCUGAUAAUAACAUCUUAAAAAUCACAA